AUGGCAUCGUCAGCAUUGAAACGUAUUAUUCCAUUAUUUGAUCGUGUACUUGUUGAGCGAUUUGCAGCUGAAACUAAAACGAAGGGUGGAAUACAUAUACCAGAAAAAGCCAUAGGCAAAGUACUCAAUGCAACUGUCGUUGCUGUAGGAAAAGGUCUCAAGCAAAAGGAUGGUAAUCAUGUACCAGUGAGUGUUCAAGCUGGCGAUAAAGUUCUAUUGCCAGAAUAUGGUGGUACCAAAGUUGAAAUAGAUGAUAAAGAAUACUUUCUCUUCAGAGAAGCCGAUAUUCUUGCUAAAUGGGAAUAA